UUUCCCAGCAGGCUGUAAGCAAGUCAGACCAAGCAUGCAGGCACUUAGUUGGGAGAAUUGGUGUGGGAUGAGUCAGUACUGGGCUGUCUCUGCAGCCUGCGCCGGUUCGUGAUGAGGAAAUGACUCCUGUGCCGUACCAUCUCCGAGUCAUGCAGUCUGGAAUCUGAACUGUAAUGGUGGUGAAGAGGCUCAGAUGCUUUUCGAGAUGAUCUUUAAAAGGAAGAAGUGCCACUCAACCAGCAGAAAACAAAUGAGUGUCAAGAGCAGACUUCUACACAGCAUGAAGGGACAACGGUGUAAAUGUGCUGAAAGAAGGAAUGACAGGCAGGAAAAGAAACCUGAAGAGACUGACAAAAAUUGAAGGAAAAGAUAUAUGAAGUGAUAAUUAAAAUGAGGUGAAAAGAGCAGAGAUGGUGUUAAAUAUUAGUAGGCAGAAAAAAAAAAAAGGGGAAGCAAAAAGCACCCCAAACAGUACCUCUUCCCAUCUAGAAAAUGGAAAACCCAUUGUAAAUGUACCUCAGAAUUAGGAAAAACAGUACCUGUGCUGCAUACCUAUGUGGAUUUGGGACCCCAGUAAGGAUGCAACUGUGCUGUGAAUCCGUAAAUAGCUCUUGCAUAAGGAGCAGCUGGUCAAACAGUGUCCGUAUUUCCAUGUACAUCUUCAUGGUUUGCAUUAUUCUGGCCACAGUGGUUGGAAAUUUGACAGUUAUCAUCUCAAUAUCACAUUUCAAGCAACUCCACACACCUACGAAUUUCCUGAUACUUUCAAUGGCUACCGUAGACUUCCUGCUGGGAUUCUUCGUCAUGCCUUGCAGUAUGGUGCGCUCUGUUGAGCACUGCUGGUAUUUUGGGGAGUUCUUCUGCAAGAUCCACACGAGCACGGACAUUAUGCUGAGCACAGCUUCUAUCUUCCAUCUUUCCUUCAUAUCCAUUGACCGUUACUAUGCUGUGUGUGACCCUUUAAGAUACAAAUCAAAGAUAAAUACUUUUGUCAUCGUGGUCAUGGUGUUCAUAAGCUGGAUGAUCCCUGCUGCUUUUGCUUUUGGGAUGAUCUUUCUAGACCUUAACUUGAGAGGCGCAGAAAAGAUUUAUAACCAUGUCCAUUGUGCAGGAGGAUGCUUUCUCAUUUUUAGUGAAACUUCAGGUAUUGUGGCCUCUGUAGUGUCUUUUUACAUCCCUGGAUUUGUUAUGCUGUAUAUAUAUAGGAAAAUAUACUCUGUAGCCAAGAAGCAGGCAAGAUCCAUUGAUGCAAUUAGCAAAAAAAAGAUGCAAUUUGAAAUGAAGCACCACAUUUCAUUCUGCAGAGAAAGGAAAGCUGCUAAGACAUUAGGCAUAAUAAUGGGAGCGUUUCUCAUCUGCUGGACUCCAUUCUUCUUCUUUACAGCUACCAAUCCACUUAUGAAUUAUGUGAUACCUCCUGUUCUCAUUGAUGCUUUGGUUUGGUUUGGCUAUUUAAAUUCUACACUUAACCCAAUUGUUUAUGCAUUUUUUUACAUGUGGUUUCGCAGGGCAUUGAAGAUUAUUCUGUUUGGAAAAGUUUUUCAACAGGACUCUUCCAGGACUCAUUUGUUUUCAGACUAACAUGCUUUAAAUGGUUGGAUUCAUCACUUUCUGGAGGCUCAACUGCCAGACAUAAGAGCUGUGAAGGAAGGAAACACCUAUUUGUUUGCCUAUUUACCAAAUGUAGUUCAAGCAGAUAAACAACCAUUGUGCUUUACAUAUUCUUUCAUUCCAGACUGGGUUUUGCAUGUGGUGUUUUGAUUAUAUCUAUUUAUUUGCAAUGCACAGAAGAGCAAGACCUCCAUUUAAAAAACUUACAGUAGUUUAUAUCGCUGGUCUUCAUAAUUAAAAACCUGUUCUGACACAACAGAUUAAUUUCUUGAACAAGGUGUGUUUAUAUCACAGUAUUUGUGUUCAUUUGUGUUCUCCUUUAGAAAGAGCAGAAAAACAUUUUCCUUUGAAUUUCUCGGCAUCUUUGACUAAUAACCCAAAGCUCUCUAAGUUUUGUCCUUCCCCUUCCAUAUGUGUGCAGAGCUCAAAACAGGCCAAUAACCAGCCCUAUGAGCUUCCAUGGAGGGAAGGUGAGGCAGAGAAAAGUUGUGCUGCUCUUUCUGUUUCCAUUUCAACUAGUACUUGUCACUUACGAAUUUGUCACUUAAAGGCUUUGCUGCUUGGUGAGAUCAAAAGCAUGUUUAAUGAGAUCAAAGACAAGAAAAAAUAUGAAGUGAAAAGCAAUUGCAAAAAAGCUGCAUUGCACCUGAGAAUGCCAGAAAAUUACGUCUAUCUAAUGAAUGUUUAGAUGCAAAACAUUAUUUGCUACUUUGCAUCUUAGAGAACUUUUUUUUUGCUUGGACGUACCAUUAUUUUGUCUCAUGGCAAUGCUGUGACAGCUUUCAAGGAAAGCAUAUAGAUAAUUGUGAAGAAAUCCUGUGGCUGAACUCAGCUGCAUUAUGAAAGAACAGUACUGGGAGUGGGUGGGAAAUUAUUAGUUUCUCAGAAGAGACCAUGGAAAGAAAUUUUUGGCUCUGUACUGAAGUAAGAGCUAUAUUCAGCAGCAUAUCCUCCAUUCGUGUUGCUUGUAAAAGUGCAUCAUAUGUGUGUCUUGUCUUUGUUUUCUGUAUUUUGUAGAGCACUGAAGCACUCUGUGCCAAAAAGCUUAAAAGUUGAAUGAUGAUACAUUUCAGCAGGGCAAAGUAUCAGGAUCUGAAAUUGUCUCUUUUACUGUUUCAUUGCCAUCUUGUAAAGUUUGCAGUCCUAAAAAUGACGUGAAAAGGAGCAAUGAAACCUACACAUCAGCACUUCUACUGUGGAUCUUUGCUAAUGACAAUAUGACUACUUUAAUACUUAAUCUUACAAAAAUAAAGCAAGAUAAAAAUUUAAAAAAUCUCUUUCUGAUACAUAAUGGGUAUGUAUCUGGUACAUAAUUUUCUUCCUUCAUCUCCAGUGAGUCUGGCCCUGAUGUAGGUAAUAUUCUCAUGCUCAGUGUUACUUUCUGAAAUAAAAUGCAUGAUCACUUAGACACUUUGAUCUCACUUGAAGUAACAAUUUCAGAAGCGCUGCCAGAUGAUACCUCUUUUCGUCUGGUCGUAUUUUAGAUUGAAGGAAAGAUAGAUCCUCUAUGACAAAUGAUGCCCAUCUAAGGCAUUUAAAGUAUAUUUAGUAAGGUCAGCACAUAUUAACGUAGUCCCUUCAGGAAGUCAAUGAAGUUGUUUCUUUUCCCUCAUUCCUUAUAUCCCUGUCUAUCUCCCUGAAAAUCUGGAAACAUUACUGUGUUUCCAGACAAUUCCAGCUCUACCAGAGUCUACAUUUGGUAAUUUUCUUUUCAUAACUUGUUCUGGCAUCUCUCAGGCAUUGUUUUCUGUUUGUAGGAGGAGUUUCUAAAUUAGUAGGAUUCCAACUUGCUUGCAGGACAGACUGCAGUUCAAACAGAGCAUGUCCCUGCAGACAGUGCCUAGACCCUACUGCAAAGCUAAUUUUUAUAAACCCAUAGAAACCAGAGCCCGAUUCCUGAAGUGAGAAAAAUUGUGAAUAAAGACAUUCUAAUAGGUAGGCCAGAAGCCAUGCAUGCAAGUAAAGCAAAUUAAAGAAUUCAUCACUUCUUCCGGUCUGCAAAGCAGAUCUUCAGCCAUUUCAAGGAAAGCUGGGCUCCACCACGUGUAAUGGUUAUUUGGAAAAACAAACACUGUAACUUCCAAUGCUCCAGUUCCUCCUUCUUCCGGUAAGGUUUUUACUGCUGAGCACAACAUUUUAUGGUGUGGAGUAUCUCUCUGGUCAGCUGGGGUCAGAUGUCCCCUCCCAAACUCUUGCACACCCCCGGGCUACUCAAAGAGAAGGCCUCAAUACUGUGUAAGCACAGCUCAGUCUUUCUUAAAUGGGGGUUGUGUAUGCGUUAUCAACAUUGUUUUCAUCACUAAUUCAAAACAUAACACCACACAAACUACUACAAAGAAAAUUAACCCUAUCCAAACCAAAACCAGUAGAGAGGGCAUCCAAACAUUGUAGCUGCAUGAGGUCACCAUAAUCUAUUUAGUGUUAAUAGAAAUAGUAAAAAAAUUUCAGUGUACAGAUCAACAACUCUCUGGGCAAACCAGUCUAGGCAAGGUGUCAGCAAUAUUUAUUCUCUGCAGAAUUAAGAAGGAGUUUCCACACACACAUUGCUGGUGACAUUCACCCACACCCAGAAGGUCACCCUCCUUGUUCUUAAUAAACUAAAAUAUAAGCCAGCUUUGUGCAUGGCCCAACUCGGAAAGUUUCAGAAAUAACUUUUUCCUCUGGUGUCCUAUUACCUAAAGGUGGCACUUUCCCAAAGAGCCUCCUUGCCUUCUAUUUACAGAGAACCUUCUCUAGCACAGUGGCUGUAAUGAAGUCCCAGGUUACUUUCUCUCAUUAGCUCUAAUCACAGAUGGUGCAAAGCUAUUUCUCAGUGUGAGGGUGAUGUGCAAAUGAGAUGUGUUAAUGAGGCCACAGGGACUCUAUUUGAACCCAAGACAUGGGUAAAUUAGGAAAGCAUAAGAAAAGUGCCUCAUGCUUUUGUCCAAUCAGUUUAUGAGUUAGGUCUGGUGGAGCAGAAUAUACCUCACUGAAAGCUCAAAGUAUCAUAAUGCAAAUGAAAUGCAAAGGGUAUUGUCAAAUUCCUUAUCAACACGUUUAAUUAGUGACCUUGUUAAACACUUUCCACAUGGCUACGUUUUGCAAAACAAAUUAUUCCCCUGUGGGUAAUUUCAGAUGUUUUAACUUCCCUGAAAACUUGUGCAAAGCAAUUUCUCCAGUAUGAUGAAAGGCUCUGUUUCACCAGUAAACUUAUGUCUGUUCCUUUUGUCACCAGUGAGGACCAUUUGCAAUGUCACCUUCACACUUUGUACAAAACUGACAGCAAGUUCCAGAGUCCUGAACUGCUGCCUGUAUCCUGCCUUAGUGCCUGAUGUUUUGGUGUAGUGCCUCAUGCAUGGUGGUGCCACCUGUGUCCAAAUCUCAUGGUCUCUCCGAUACCAGAGGCAAGAGGAUGGGAAAAUAAGCGCACCAACUGUCCAAGCAGGACCCUUCUGGAAACCUCACAAAGGAGAGUGUCACUCCAAAAUGGAGUAUUUCAAACUCCUAGAUAAAAAAAUACAUUAGUGUAGUGUCCAAACAGAAAAACUGAGCUGUCAAUAUGUGUAAAUAUUGAAAAAUGUGUGGAUUUUCUUAAAUCAUUAACUCAUUCAGGCAGUGCACACUGUGCACUCUCUGUCCUCUACAAUGCAUUAAUAUCCAUUCGACAAGGGAGAAAAUACUGGAUGCAGUCAAACAUAAGACAGAGUGUUCUACAAAAUUCUUCUACUUCUGCAGAUUUUCUGGUCAUCUUCAUUACCUACGAUGCUACUUCCACACACUGCACUUAAAGACUUAAUUCAGAAAAAGACUGUCUACUUGUAAGCACUUUUUGACUAAUCUCUUUUCAUUAGACAUAGACUAAAGUUUAUUAACUUCUGUGAUGAAAUGACUGGCGUGGUAGACAAAGGAAGAGCAGUUCUUAUUAUCUACCUAGUCUUCAGGAGGGCUUUCAACACUUUCUCUCAUAAGAUUUUCAGAAAGAAAGUAAUGAAGUAUGGGCUAGAUGAGAAGACAGUGAAGUGGAUUGAAAACUGGCCAGGUCCAGAGGGUGCUGAUCAUUGUCAUGAAGUCUGAUUGAAGGCCAGCAACUGGUGAUAUACCCUAAGGGUUAAUGC